AUGCGUGCUGGGACGUCGGACAAAGCCAAGCUCUGUGCAGCUCAGAGCGACGAUACCCAUUGCGUUUGCAAGCUGAGUGGUGAACGGCCGCUGGGCGUGCUGGGACGCAUGUUGGCGGCACUCCCCCACUCCAAGAAAGCGCAGGCGCUGCAGAUUUCCAUGGAGAACUGCCCGGAGGGGGUGCCGGACCUCCUGGCUGGCACGGUGCUGGCAAGCCUCGUGCUGAUUCUUGGGGUGUCCGUCUGGAUGGUGUGCAUGUCUGCGGCAAGCGAGAAGCUGGAGGAACCCAAGCCGGCGACGCUAAAUCAGAGUUUUGUCAGGGUGAAGAGCCCGAUGCAGAACUUCCUCAGCAGCUACUCCUGGGCAGCCGGCUUUCUCCUCUCCUUGAUGGCCUUGCAAACGGGAGCUUUGGCAGUGGUCCGGAAGUCCUCCGAAGAGGAGGCCCCCGUGUGGAUCGUCGCAGUCUGCCCUGCCGUGUUGGCGCUUGCAGCUGCCCUGCGCCUGUCGCAGCUUCUCGUGAAGAAGCAGUUGGUGCACGCGUUCCUGAAGUGGGACGUGAUCAUCACCGAUUUGCCGGAUGACGUUAUCCUCGACGCCGUGCUCGUGGUCGCAAUCCUGGCGUACUUCCUCUUCAUCCUCUACCUCGUAAGCAUCGACCUGCAGACACUGGUGGUCGCCUUGACAGCUCUGGGCAGCGCAUUGUGGACGGUCCUCAAGGCCGUUAGCACUGCGCGCGACUUGGACAAUAGUCUCGAGAUCGUGGAGAUGGGCUCUUCGUGCCUGGUAGCCGGCACGGAAAAGCUCAAAAUGAAGCCACUGCCCUGGGCCACGCUGCUGGCGCUCAAGGAACCGCAGGACCCUGUGCUUGUCGCACAGAGAGCAGUUCACGUGGAGCAGCAGCACGCACUUGCCACCUUCAGACAGCAGCAAGAACUACUGCAGCAAGAUGCAGCAGAGCUUCCUCCUCCUCCUCCUCCUCCUCUCAGAUCCUGCUAUCUCCUUUUCGUGAUGGUGCUGCACAGUGGAGACGACGAUGAUGAUGAGCAUGAUGAUGACGAUGAUGAUGAUGAUGAUGAUGAUGAUGAUGAUGAUGAUGAUGACGUGGAUGGUUAUGUGGUGAGUGCGACGAUGACGAUGAUGAUUCUGAUAUUGCUGCUGGAGGUGAUGAUGCUGACGAUGGUGAGGACAUGUGUGUCCUCCUGGAUGAAUGCAGUCACGUGCGGCACGAGCCAGAGACUCGCAGGAGCUUCGCAAGCUCUUGGAGUCGGACUCCCCCGGCACCGGCUCCGCGUUGCCUUCCUCGACUGCAUCGUCCCGCAGAUGGAGCUUGACAUCCGUGGCUCGGCAGGGGCCCCUGCUCCGUUUCUUGAGCCGCUCCCGAGCCGGCUUCCUCGUGUUGCCAGCCUUCCUGGCCCUGGUGGCAUUCUCCUGCUGCGUCUCCGCCGGGCACAUGACGGCCUAUGCGUGUUCGGUCGGGGAGCUCGCGGACCUGAAGCUGGCCAGCUCCUUGCACUCCCUGGAGUUCCUCCCCUGGCAGCUUGGCUCGCAAAUGCCUGUUUUUCCACAUGGGGGCGUGGGAAAGACAGGUCGCUUCUUGUUUGGUUGCCAAGGCAGACCCGUUACGAAGUCACAAGCGACGUCUCCUUCACGAAACUGGCCCUGGUUGCUGGUGUUAGCCCCCCUACCACGCGUCGCAUCUCCAUCACCCAGCCGCAAGCCACCAGCAUGCCACCCUCCAGCCCACGUGUCAUUGCGGUUGACGACCAGCACGGCAUGGCAGUCGAAGAGAUCCAGCUGGCGCACCGGCAAAUCCCGCGCGUGGCCACCAUCCGCGUCCAGGGCCUCCGUCCUUCUCGCCGCGAAACCACGUAUGAAGUGCGCUUCUCGCCAUCGGCGACGAUGCCGGCAGCCCUCCGGAUCACCGCCCAGGAGUUCCAGAGAACCAUCGCCUGGUCUUCCUUGCCCGGAUCGGUCUUCAGUCAGCAUCCCAGAAGGCAGGUGCGAUCACAUGAUAAUGUUUGUAUGAAGCUUAGGGCGUAUUCAAAAGGCAGGGCGCUUUUGCUUAUCUCCCUGAGGUGUCCAAGACUUUCGCGUCGAAGUGCAGCUCGCCGACUUCCUCCUGGGCCUGCCGAGGCCCCGCAGCCACGGACCCGCUGCUCUGGGUCAGCUUUGGACGACUUACCGGGACCGCCCGAACGCGACGGAGCAGAGCUGCUCUGCGGACUGUGGCCACGACCUGGCGUGCCUGGAGUCCUACGUCGGACCAGGUGGCUGCUACGCGGUGCUUGCCGACAGGAAAGGGUUGGAAUCAGGUGA